AAAUUGAGGUGCAGGACCUCAGCCGCUGCACUGUGCGCCGAUAGAAAAUAAGCCUCACCGCCAGCGAGACACGCAGCGCGUAUUUUGUUUUUCGACUGGAAACCGACAGAAAUAUCAUUUCGUUCCUCCCCCAGCAGAGGUCCGGGCUGUCUGCGCGGGGCAGAGGAGCGCGAGCUGCUGAACAAUAACGGGGCUCGCUCAGUGACAGCAGCAGCAGCUCGGUGCAUCAUUUUUAGGAUUCCUCUGCAGGGACGAUAUUGAAGAGCGGUAACGUGAUGUUGCGCCUGAGGAGAAUGAUUUAGACUUUUAUCCACAUGUUUGUUCGCUGAAAUCGACUCGCAAAACAAACACAAAGCUGUGUUUUCCAGGCUUUGUAGCAGGGCUGGCCUGGACUUAGGGUUAGGAGGACCAAUGGACUCGGGGGUGAGGUUGCAUUUGAAUGGGCUGGCUUAACAUCUGAUAAAUAGACACGCGUGUGUGCUUUGGAUUAUUUUUAUUUUUACACGUUUAGAUCAAAUUUUAAAAUAGUCUUAUAUUGUGUUUAUUACAAUAGUAGUACGGAUUGUAUCUGCUAUUCACUUAUAUUUGUAAAAGUAUAUGAUAUAAAACAUAUUCAAAGCGUUUUAAUUGUUUUAUAGCAUUUUAAAAAAUCAAAUUGUAGCCUAAAAGAAGACACAAAACAUACCCUACCCACCAGUUCACUUUGGGUUUUUUCUUUGUCAGUUUGUCUUCUUUAGUCCUUAAUUUGCUUCUCUUCAUUAUUAUUAAUAAGCUCAGCUUUUUUAAACCGGUAUUCAUCGCCUCAAGGACAAAACUUAUCUUGAGAUCCUGCAAGAUCAGUUCACACUGACACGCCUAAGUCAUUAUUUUGAAUACUAACGCCCUCUGGAGCUGGAAACGAGCUGAAUAGUAAACCACAAUGUUCAGCUGGCUGGGAACCGAUGACAGGAGGAAGAAGGAGCCAGAGGUGUUUCAGACCGUCAGCGACGGACUGAAGAAACUCUACAAAACCAAACUCCUGCCUCUGGAGGAGAGCUACAAGUUUCACGAGUUCCACUCUCCGGCCCUGGAGGAUGCAGACUUCGACAACAAGCCCAUGGUCCUCCUGGUUGGACAGUACUCCACCGGCAAGACCAGCUUCAUACGCUACCUGUUGGAGCAGGAUUUUCCUGGCAUGCGGAUCGGCCCCGAGCCCACCACAGAUUCCUUCAUCGCGGUGAUGCACGGCGACACAGAGGGAGUCGUCCCCGGCAACGCUCUGGUGGUUGACCCCAAGAAACCCUUCAGAAAGCUCAACGCGUUUGGAAACGCAUUUCUCAACAGGUUCGUGUGUGCGCAGCUUCCUAAUCCCGUGCUGGAGAGCAUCAGUGUGAUCGACACGCCGGGGAUCCUGUCCGGCGAGAAGCAGAGAAUCAGCCGGGGCUACGACUUUGCAGCUGUCCUUGAGUGGUUUGCGGAGCGGGUGGACCGAAUCAUUUUACUGUUUGAUGCCCACAAACUGGACAUUUCGGACGAGUUCUCCGAAGUGAUAAAGGCCCUGAAGAACCAUGAGGAUAAGAUCAGAGUCGUGCUGAACAAGGCGGACCAGAUCGAGACUCAGCAGCUGAUGAGAGUGUACGGUGCCCUGAUGUGGUCACUGGGGAAAAUCGUCAAUACCCCUGAGGUGGUCCGUGUCUACAUCGGUUCCUUCUGGUCGCAUCCCCUGCUGAUUCCUGACAACAGAAAGCUGUUCGAGGCAGAGGAGCAGGACUUAUUCAAAGACAUCCAGUCCCUACCGAGAAACGCGGCGCUAAGAAAACUCAACGAUCUGAUCAAAAGAGCCAGACUGGCCAAGGUGCACGCUUAUAUCAUCAGCUCGCUGAAGAAAGAGAUGCCCUCUGUGUUCGGAAAAGAGAACAAGAAGAAGGAGCUGAUCGGCACUCUGGGAGACAUCUACAAACGGAUCGAAAGAGAACAUCAGAUAUCACCCGGAGAUUUUCCCAAUCUGAAGAAGAUGCAGGACCAACUACAAGCUCAGGAUCUCACCAAGUUCCAGCCUCUGAAGCCCAAACUGCUGGAGGCGGUUGACGACAUGCUGGCCAAUGACAUUGCCGGCCUGAUGGUCCUGGUGCGGCAGGAGGAAACCCAGCGGCCCAACGCCGUGGUGAAGGGCGGCGCCUUCGACGGCACUCUGGACGGCCCCUUCGGCCACGGGUACGGCGAAGGGGCCGGGGAGGGCAUCGACGAGGCGGAGUGGGUGGUCGCGCGCGACAAGCCCGCUUACGACGAGAUCUUCUACACGCUGUCGCCCGUCAACGGGAAGGUGACGGGCGCCAACGCCAAGAAGGAGAUGGUGAAGUCAAAACUGCCGAACACGGUGCUGGGAAAGAUCUGGAAGCUGGCCGACAUCGACAAGGACGGGAUGCUGGACGACGAGGAGUUCGCUCUGGCCAAUCACCUCAUCAAAGUGAAGCUGGAGGGGCACGAACUCCCGUCAGAGCUGCCUGCGCACUUGGUGCCUCCUUCCAAAAGGAAAAUACCAGAGUAGAUAUCAGAUUAAACCUAAAUCCACCCCCCACCCCCACCUUGGAGGAAAUACUCCCUACUAACAGAGGGAUCCUCCGGUAGCAUUACAGCAGAAACAAAAAAUUAAAAAAAGUAUGAAAGUAGCUGCUCUUAAUCUCUAAUGCUGCACCGUCGCAUCUCUAGUCUUAAUUCAAAUACUAAAAGUUCAAAUAAAAAGUAAUGAAGUGAGUGUUGGCAGGCUGACUGCAAAGAUUAUAUGUACCCUUUACGUUGGAAUUAAUUUUCCCACAGGACAAGACAUGAAAAGGCUUUUAUGUUUUACACAAAACAAUAUUGUUUUGUAUUGAAAGCUGAGCGAUGAAUGAAGGCUGAAGGAUGGAGGUGUAAACACUGGAGUACAAGACAAUAUAACUACUGGAGUCACAACAGUGUGAAGCAGAAUAUGAUAAAUGUGUAUUAAAAUGCAGUAUGUUUCCAUGAAAGUGAUGCUGUUAUUGUCUUAAACCCGCAGCAUUUUACUCUGAAGCCCGAUCUUUGAUUCUUUGUGCUGUUUGUUGAAUUGAGGCCAGACUGAGUCGUCCAGACUGUUUCACCGCCUCAUGUUUAUCACAGUGCUUCAGGACACACACACACACAGAUGUGGACAUAACACACUUUCAUUUUUCCAGUGUGAGGUUUUCACAGAGGAGCACCGUCUUGAUUAAUUCAGUCUCUUUACAUGUGUGUGUUCAUUAUGUGGAGGUUUUACGUCACCAUGAGUGGGGAGUGAAGAAUGGUUUAUGUCUCUUAUGAUUUCUAAAUGCUUUCUCAUUAACCUGUAUUGAUUCUUGACAGUAUAACGGCACACUCAUCAUAAUUGUAUUUGAAUGUUUAUUGUGCUGUUUUUCACAUUCGUUUGUGGGCAAGUCCCAGAUAUUGUAUGCCUGCAUUUGACCACAUGUGUUAGUGUUUUUAUUUAUAACGUGUAUUCACUCAUAGCUACUGAGCGUGGAGUAUUCAGUGGGUCAUUAAAUGAAAAUUAAAGAGAUAAUAUGUAAUUGAGUAUAACCUAACAUAAGUCUGGACGGACAGCUCUUUACUUACUUUGUGGUGACACUAAAUUUUUCAAAUGUUUCUUUACGUAAUUGAAGGACGUCUUUGUCUUGUAAUUAAAUUGUAAACAUGUAAUAAACACAAUUCCUCUGUACAAUGUUUCAGAUAUAUUACUGUAACAACAUGCCAGUAUGUGUGUGUGCCUGUAUAUAUUUCACAUUAGGGCAGAAUCUAACAAAUCCAUCGUGAACUAAAACACUCGGCUAACUAAAGCCUGGAUUUCCACGUCAGGAAACUCAUUUGGAUCCACAGGACUGCACAAGUCUUUCCAGUUCUUGAGUAUUCCGUUUCCCUCCCCGUGUGUUUCUGUGCUGUUAUUAUUGUAAAAUCAAAUGUACAUAAAAAUUGGUUGCAUUCCAUGUACACAGAUGUGGAAUAAAAAAAAAUCUUCCGACAUUUUCCCCGCCUGUUGAGCUCGCUGUUAAAGAUGAGCCAGAUCUCAGUUUCUAUCCAGCCACAGAUUGCAAAAUGAAAUGCUGUGAAGUGGUCAACAUACACGUAAACACUGGUGUUUCAGUAUUCUGUUUGUACGUACUUUGUGAUUCGGGGUGCGUUGCGUCAUUCCAUAUGUCACUGCUUUCUCUGUCAACAUAAACAGUCUAAAACAUAAUAAAGUCUUAUAUUCAAGUA